ACUAACAGCCCCAUUUACCACUCAUCAUGGAGACCCAGCGUGUUCACUCGUCCUACCGAAAGCGUUUUGGAACUCAGAGCAGCCCCUCGGGCACGCUCAUCACCAGGAGCCUCGGGCGCUUAUCCCUCCACAGCACCCCACGCCAUACGGCCCUGUCCAGUCCCAGUGUGUCCCGUCUGUCCCUGGGAACCGACAGGCUUGAUUUCUCAACCGAUUCAUUGCUCAAGGCUCAGUACCGUGAGACCCGGACCAAUGAGAAGGUGGAGAUGAUGGGUCUGAAUGAUCGCUUUGCCAGCUACAUCGAGAAAGUUCGCUUCCUGGAGCAGCAAAACAAGGUGCUGGUGGCUGAGCUGAAUCAACUGCGUGGAAAGGAACCGAGUCGCCUCGGGGACAUCUACCAAGAGGAACUGAGGGAGCUGCGCAGGCAGGUGGAUGGUCUGAACAAUGCCAAGGCACGGCUGGAGAUUGAUAGGGACAAUCUAGCAGCUGAUGUGGGCACGCUGAAGCAGAGGCUUCAGGACGAGACUGCACUCAGACAGGAAGCGGAAAACAGCAUGAAUGCAUUCAGACAGGAUGUGGAUGAGGCAGCUCUGAACAGGGUGCAGCUGGAGCGGAAGAUUGAAGCUCUGCAGGACGAGAUCAAUUUCCUGAAGAAAGUCCAUGAGGAGGAGAUGCGGGAGCUGCAGGAGCAGUUGAGUGCUCAGCAGGUGCAUGUGGAUCUGGACGUGUCAAAGCCAGACCUGACUGCAGCACUGAGGGAGAUCCGAGUGCAGUAUGAGGCCGUGGCAACCUCCAACAUGCAGGAGACUGAGGAGUGGUACCGCUCCAAGUUUGCAGAUCUGACUGAUGCAGCCAAUAGGAAUGCAGAGGCUCUGCGACAGGCGAAGCAGGAAGCCAACGAUUACCGCCGACAGAUUCAAGUGCUGACAUGUGACCUGGAGUCUCAGCGUGGAUCUAACGAGUCUCUGGAGCGGCAGCUGCGAGAGAUGGAGGAGCGUUACACCAUGGACACGGCGGCGUAUCAGGACUCUGUUGCUCGUCUGGAGGAAGAGAUCCACGCGCUGAAGGAGGAGAUGGCCCGACACCUGCAGGAGUACCAGGACCUCCUCAAUGUUAAACUGGCGCUGGACAUCGAGAUCACCACCUACAGGAAGCUGCUGGAGGGCGAGGAGAGCCGGAUCACUGUUCCAGUGCAGAGUUUUGCAAACAUGCAGUUUAGAGAAGCCAGCAUCGACACUAAACCACCUUCUGAGAAUAUCACUAAGAGAAGUAUCAUCGUCCGAACUGUGGAAACACGUGAUGGAGAGAUCAUAAAGGAGUCGACCUCGGAGAGGAAGGAGCUGCCCUAGUCGCCUGGCCAUGUCGAACGUGGAGCGAUCGGUCUUCAUCACUUCACUGCGACACACAUGAGGAAUGAAGACCACACAGAGAACAUCUGGAGAACCACCAGAGAACGUCAAAGACACUAAUUCAGAGCAUUAACACAGUUAAAACAAUGAUGUAUUGUGCAGCCUUCAAGCCUAAAUGUCAUUUUGUCUUCACUAACAUCUUGUUAGCAGCCAAUCGGAGUGUCAAUAACACAUUUACAUACAAAAUAAUCUGUUCUUUCUCUAAAAUCGCUACUGACAAAGAAAUGUGACGUCAGAUCGUGUCUAAUUAAAUGUAUUAAAAGUCAGAAGAUAAGUUAGAUCUCUCUAUUCCUGCUCAAGGAGGACCAGUGCUGCCUUCACAUGCCAUGUCUCAAGUAAUAAUGUUACAGGAAUUUUCUAAAAUACUUUCAUUUUUUAUCAUAAUUUAGUAGAAUUUUUUUUUUACAUAAAUACGAUUGACUUUUGUAAUAUUUAGUGAUCACUGCAUGAGAUGUUUCAUUUAAACAUCUGGAUCGGCUUUAGAGAGUAGUGGUUUGCAUCUGUGAAUUUAGGUAUGUAGAAGAGGGCAGAUAGUAUUUUUUUUCUUUUGCGUAUUCUUAUUUGCUUCCUACACUAUAUAGACAAAACGUUUGUGGACACCUGACCAUAAGAUCUGUAUGUGCUUUUUGAACAUCCCAUCCCAUCAUUUUCCUGUUCUAAUAUCUUCCACCAUUCUGGGAAGAUGUGAUGAUAGAGAUUUGUGGAGAUCGGUGCCCAUUCAGGCACGGGGGUGUUAGUAAAGCAGGUGUAAUUGAGGUGAGGAGACUUGGGGUGCAGUCAGCGUUCACAUUCAUCCCGUUCAAUAGGGUUGAGGGUCAGCGCUCUGUAGGAGGAGAUCUUCUACUUCCACCCAUGUAUCUUCAUGCAGCUGGUUUUUAGCACAGGGGCAAUGUUAUACUGGAGCAGGAUUUGGGUCUCCAAGUGCAAGUGAAUGGAGAAGAUUAUUCUACUACUUCCAAAGACGUCGGUUACAACUGUGUGGCUUUAAAGUUGCGGAAGAGUUUGAGGAGGAACCCAGUUUCGUUGGAAAAGUCAGGUGUCCCAAUACUUUGUUUAUAUAAUGUGUAAUAUGUGUGGUGGGUCUGAAAGAUUAGACAAAGCUGGUGAAAGACCCUAAGCUAAUCGAAUGAUCAGACAUUUUAUUUUAGCGCUAAAUGAAACAGAAAGUUUGCACGUAAAGGCACUACUGAAGUUCACACGAGAAGCAGGAAAUGUCAGCGUUCUUUUGGAUAGUGUAGAUCUCAGUGGGUUUUUUUGUUUUGUUUUUUCAGAUUUUUGUUUGUGUUUCGAGAGGAUGAUUGUUGUGUAGCUAUGAGUAGGUGCGGAACAGGCGGCGAGAUGUAGCUGGAUGUGGAAGUGGCUGUGUAGCGUGGACGUGUAGCAGCAGGAGAGCCAGGAGGCUUCAGAAUUUAAUGGGAAUGUGAGAAGUCAUUAUAUAGUGUCCUUAGGGGAGAUUAUGAGAGUUACGGGAACGGACAGAUGUUUUUUCGACUCACCUUUGUGUGUCUCUUGACUUUGUGUGUCUCGUGAAUUUUUAAUGCUUGUUCACUUUAAUGUUUUGCAUGUAGCUUCACGUGUCUGCUGUGACUGAUCCGAAUAAAGACGAAUAAAAAAUGA